CCCAAAACGCGAGAGAGAUAGAGCGAGAGAGAGAGGGAAAAAGGAACCGGUCUGCAUGUACCUUGACAGUCCACUCCCGAGUGGCGCCCGUCCUACUGGGGAGCUUGCGGGGCCUUUACCAAACCAGGCUCCCGCGUACUGGCCUCCAAAAUCUUCGACCAUGGCGGCGUCGUCGUCGCACAACCCAUACCCUCGAUCGCCAAACCCUUCCAUCAGGUCAUACGAGGACUCCUCAAUCUCAUCCGCCAUUUCACCAAAGGCGCCUCCCCAGUAUCACCGGGGUUUGGUAAGCACAAGUACAAGGCCGAAUGCGGCUCCUGUCCCUCAGCCCAUAGGAAUACCUCCCCCGCUUCAUUCGGCUCAUCACUCUCACCACGGCAACUUUCAGACGCCUUACACGCCGCUGACGGGCGUAUUAUACAUGAGACGAGACUCGCUACCCACCAACGAGUCCAUGGCAGGCACACCUGGACCCCCCAACUCGCAGCUCGCCCCGUCUAGCGUGCAAGCGCAGAAGAGGGCCUACCGCCAGAGGAGGAAGGAUCCCAGUUGCGAUGCCUGUCGGGAGCGGAAGGUGAAAUGCGACGCCACUGAGACGACGAGCUGCUCCGAGUGCUCGAGCCGCAACGUCAAAUGCCAGUUUACCAAGGAGACCAACAGGCGGAUGUCGUCGAUUAAGCAAGUGCAGGACCUCGAGAAGCAGAUGGAACGCGUCCGCCGCGAGAACAGCAGUCUGAGGCACAUGAUGCAGGAACGAGACGGCCGGUUUGAGAUAGACCUUGACGGAGUUGAGCAGCUUCCACUCCAACUACCAGAUAUUGGGUCCGAGCCCAAGAGGAGGAAACGGCCAACCCCGAUCCACGACCUGGUAAGAGCAAGGUCGAACUUGCGAGCCUUUUGCAAGGGCAUAUGGAAACCGCCUGCUCAGCACCGGCCAUCUCUCCCGCAGGCUGCGCCGCAUUUCCCGAGGCCAGAAUUGCCGCCGAAGUCAACAACCGAUCACCUGCUCCACUCGUACUACACCUCGAUUCAUACGAUGACGCCAUUCCUACAUUGGCCCAACUUCCGGCUGGCUGUAGAUGAUCUCUACAAGCCGGGAAGGCUGAACGACGCCUCGGCUACUUUCUUGGCCAUGUUCUUUUCCGUCCUGGCGGUCGGUAGCCUCUUCGCACCAGAACCCCAGCCGCAUCUUCGCUCUCAGCGGGCGGCCGGCUUCAUCGAGACAGCGCGGAAGCUCAUCGAUCCCUGGGCCAACGAUUAUGUGCUCGACCAUGCACGGACUUUCGUGCUCAUCACCAUAUUCUUGAACGAGACGAAUCUCAAGUCGGCAGCUUGGAACUCGCUCGGCAAUGCCGUCAGGGUUGGACAGGAUAUCGGACUGCAGUCGGAGUCGGGGCCUUGGCCAGUGGUCGAGGGCGAAAUGCGGAGGAGGACGUGGUGGACCAUCUACGUCCUCGACCGAUCCCUCUCGCUCGAGCUCGGGCGGCCGGUUCUGAUCGACGAUUUCGACUGCGACGUCUCUCUCCCCGCCGGUGUCGACGACCACUACAUCCACGACGGCGGGAUGCUGGUCCCUAAUGGAGCGGAGCCACUUUCGAACUCGUUGCUGGCCAUCAUUCACGUUGUGCGGGCCUACGCAGGCCUGAGCAGGGCGCUCUCGUCCCCACUGAUUGCUCCUACUCGGCUGGCAACCUUCGACCAACACUUCAGCUCUUGCCUACGGACCUUUCCUCAAACCUGUGACCCGUCAAGCUCGGUACCGCUGUCGCCGCAACUCUUAGAUCCUCUGGUAUAUUUGCUCCACGCCCGCCUCAUGCUCCAUCGCCACAACAUUGCUCCGAACUGUCCGCUAGACGUCCGCCUGGUUGCUGUGGAGCAAUGUACCCUCGCGGCCCUCGAAACGGCGUCGUUGCUUUCUCGAACCGACGCUACCCUCCCCGACGGCGCCACCGCUUUGCUAACCACGCACGUAUUUCGCUGUGCUCUUUUCCUUCUCCUCACCGGCCACCUGGACCAGGCCGCAACUUGCACCCGCACGCUCACGGCGAUCGACACACGCCGCGACGUUGCGAUUCCGUGCGGACGGUUCCUGGCAUUCUUCGCCUCAGAACUCGCUACGAAACGGACCCAGAUCGCGGCCUAUUACUCUCAGCAGGCGACUCCGUCUGGGCAGCAGGGCUUCGCAUCACUUCCACCACGUUCCCCGCCGAACGCUAUCCGGGACGCAUUGUUACGGGACGAGGAGCUGCUUGCAUACGUCAGCGCGGACCUGCAGGCUCGCCCUGACACGGCAUGGGUCUGGGCCAGCGGUGAGCAUGAAACUCAACACGAGCAAGCUCCCUCUCCGGGCCUUGUGAGGGGCGCCCCCGUCGGUAAUGGCGGCUCUGAGCCAAACGGCGGCGGCGGCGAUCAGCUGUACAAUGCCGAGGCAAGAAUGGGUCUUACCGAGGAAGAAGCGCGGGACUGGGGCGGCUGGGGUAAUCUUGAGGACAUGAUACGCGGGCUCAUGGAUGGAGAUUCCACGCCUGCAAGGUCGAAGAUGGCAUGCGCGCAAGGAUGGGUCCCGCCGCCGCCGCCCAUGAGCAUCAAAACCGAAUCCGCUGGACCUGAUUCGGCCAUGGCCUGUCCGGGCAGCGCGGGCGCCACAGGAGGCGGCGGAGGCGGGAAUAGCUCCAACAGUCCGAUGGCAACAAUGAAGAGCAAGAGUCAGGACAGGAUCAGCAUUGCGAAUAUCAUCUGAAGCAGACGACUGUGGUCAUUGGGCGCAAUCAAAAAACACAACGCCGAGCAGACGGGGGAGGCGGGGUUCAAUGCCGCGUCCCCAGAGGAGACGACCGAGACGUCCCGACCGUUGGCGAAGGGAGACGGAUAUCGAGAUAUCCAACGCCGCCAAAUCCGUGACCGAUACGGUACGUCCCGGCCUACGACAUAGCCAUUCAUCAUGGUCCGAUGAG